GAUUCACAACCCUGGUACAUUUUAAGCUGUCAGCCAUCAAAGGACACGUCCAAGCUAUUUGGUGACAGUAACUAUGCCGAGCGACUCUACAACACAUGCCAGUCAAGGCCAGAAGUCGAAGAAGAACAAGAAGAACAAGAAUGCGGCAAGGACAAACGCACAAGACGUUGGCCGGAUCCAGCCAGACAAACCGGAUGAUUCGGGGGCAGAAGACCAAGAUGCGUCUCUUGAACCAGAGGGCGAUGGCGUGAACGGCGCACCCAAAGACCAGCCCAUUGAACAAGACGAAAAAACGAAAGCCGUCGAUGAUACCUCUGCCGAUCACGCACCCGUCAGCGAAGGAGUCGAGAAGGUUAGUCUCGAUAGUCUGCAAUCGAAAGAUCGGUUCGAUGCACUGGUACGGGAUCGCGAUUCCUUACGGGCAGAAGUCGCAGAUAUGCGGCGAUCGCUCGAGGAGAUACAAUCAAAGCAUCAUGCAGACAUGGAAGUUUUACAUGAAAAACUUGGCGAUGCAGAAACCAAGAAAGAGCAUGCAGAAACCCAGUUUCAGAAGCUGCUGGAAAGAGUGAAUACAAUCAAAACCCAACUUGGCCAGAGAUUAAAAGAAGACGCAGAAGAGAUAGCCCAAGCAAAUACCCGGAUCGAAGAACUGGAACGGCAGAAUACAAGUUUAAAAGCGCAAGUCGAUUCGAAGACCUCAGAAGUAGCAGAUUUGUCCAAGGAAGUUGAGCACAGAUCUAGAGAGCUUUCCACACUGCGCGAUCGAACAACUCUGUCACAACAAAACUGGCUCAAAGAGAAAGAUGAACUUCUGGAGCAGGAGAGCUACCUCCAGUCGGAGUUCGAACAAGCAAAAGAGGCAAUGCAUAAUUGGGAAAUUCUCGCCAUGGAAGAGCGAUCUAUCAGGGAGAAUUUAGGAGAGAAAGUGAUAGAUCUUGAGGAGCAGCUUUCGGCUUUGAAAAACGCUUACGAGAAGACUAUCGCCGAACGCGAUGGCCAAGCGGCAUCUGUGGAUGGUUUACAACGUGCCCUUCAGGAAAUACAAACAGCCCGCAAACAAGAGUUACGAGAACUCGUAGAGAGCUCAGACGCUCAACUUGAGGAACUUAGACAAUCCCUUCGAGAUGCUGAAAAGAAAUCUUCCGAGGCUGGAAGCGCUCUUCAAGCCGCGCAGGAUGAGCUCGAGAGGGUACGGCCGUUUGAGAAAGAAGUCAAAGAGAAGAACCUCCUUAUUGGCAAACUUAGACAUGAGGCAGUGACUCUGAAUGAUCAUCUGACAAAAGCCUUGAGGUUUCUCAAGAAAGGAAAGGCAGAGGAUAAUGUUGAUCGCCAUAUCGUCACCAAUCACUUUCUACAUUUCCUUGCUCUUGAUCGAUCAGAUCCGAAGAAGUUCCAGAUUUUGCAGCUCAUUGCAGCGCUUUUGGGUUGGACAGAGGUGCAGAAAUACCGCCCGGUCGUCAUCUCCGGCCCGUCUGGAACCGGGAAGUCGACUUUGCUUAAGCGUCUUUUCGCAGAGUUCCCCGAUACGUUUGGAUUUUCUAUUUCCCACACAACUCGCUCUCCCAGACCCGGCGAGCAGGAUGGACGCGAGUAUUACUUCACAAACAAGGAAGCAUUCCUUAAUCUGGUGGCAGAAAAGGGAUUCAUCGAGUUUGCUCAAUUCGGCGACAACCUAUAUGGCACGAGCGUGCAAGCCGUGAAAAAUAUCGCGGAGAAGGAGAGAAUUUGCAUACUUGACAUUGAGAUGGAGGGUGUCAAGCAGGUCAAAACUACGGACCUCAAUGCCCGAUUUUUAUUCCUUGCGCCCCCGUCGCUAGAGGAGCUGGAGGCGAGACUCCGUGGAAGAGGAACCGAAACCGAAGAUCAGUUGGCAAAGCGGCUCGCUCAGGCAAAGAAUGAGCUGGAAUACGCUAGACAGCCCGGCGCCCAUGACAAGACUGUCGUCAACGACGACCUAGACACGGCUUAUGCCGAGCUAAGGGAUUGGAUUGUCGAUGGUGGAAAGUUCGGAUCACAGCAAUGAUCACAUAUAUUAUCUUCAAUAAACGAUUUGCUGAUGGCAAAAUCAGCUGUUUUCGGCGCUACAUUCUUGAAAAGCAUCGGUGACUGUACAUACUAAUAGUACUCAUAUCGUCUUCAUAGAGGUCGCAGUUUAAAAUGUGAUAUCUUGGUCUCUUGCACAUUCAAGUAGAUAGAUAUUGGCGGACUUUGGGUCAUAUGUUUGAGAACGUCUGCCAUAUGUCGGGUGGAACGGUUGGGGUUCUAUUGUUGGUAUCUAUGUCGAAGCCAAUAGAUAUUCGUCGGUUGAAG